UAUCUUUUUUGACAGUUAUAAACAAUCACCGGUGAUAAUAAAAUUGUGUAAUUUUAUUGAUUAAUAAAUGAGUACAAACCUUAAGCCACAAUAAAACACGUUAAUAAUGAUUAUAAAAAAAGUUUUUAGGUUAUUUUCCCUCAACAAAUCCAUUAAGCUUUUAAACACCAAUAUUUAUACCCGAACACUGCAUAAUAAGAUUAUUUUAAACGAAAAAAAUUUCAAAGCGAAAAAAGGAGUGUAUUUAAUCGACGAAAAUGAUGAAAUUCCUCAAGAAAUGGUUAAAAAUUACAAUAAAUACACAGAAAGGACUUGUUCUUGUGGGGAAUUAAGGAUUGAAAACGUUGGUGAAAGAGUUAUUUUAUGUGGUUGGGUUGAAUAUCAGCGUAUGAAAAAGUUUGUUGUUCUUAGGGAUGGAUAUGGGCACACUCAAAUUAUUAUUAAAGACACAGCAGAGGAUUUACAAGAUUUAUUUGAAUCAUUACCAUAUGAAUCAAUUGUUAAAGUUGAAGGAAUUGUAAUAAAAAGACCCCAAGAUAUGAUAAAUAAAAAUCAAGAAACGGGUGAAAUCGAGGUUUUAAUCGAUAAGGCAAUUAUUUUAAACAAGUCGAAAGAUAAUUUACCGUUUAAUAUUCGCGAGUUUCAAAAAGCCAAAGAAUCCCUUCGAAUGCAAUAUCGUUACUUGGACUUGAGAUUUCAUGAAAUGCAAAGAAAUUUACGUGUUCGUUCCGAAAUAUUAAUGAAAAUGCGAGAAUUUUUAAUCAACAAAGUUGGAUUUGUUGAAAUUGAAACUCCAACGUUAUUUAAAGCCACUCCAGGUGGAGCUCAAGAAUUUGUUGUUCCAACGAGAUUUCCCGGACAAUUUUAUUCACUUGUUCAAAGCCCCCAACAAUUUAAACAAAUGUUAAUGGCUGGAGCUGUUGAUCGUUAUUUCCAGGUAGCUAGGUGUUAUCGGGAUGAAGGUUCCAGACCAGAUCGACAACCGGAAUUUACUCAAUUAGACCUUGAAAUGUCUUUCACAGACUCGGAAGGUGUUAUGUCUGUUAUCGAAGAUUUAUUUCAACAUUGUUGGCCUAAUUUCUUAUCGACUUUACCAAGAGCGUUUCGAAGAAUCACCUAUAAAGAUGCCAUGGAACGAUUUGGAACUGAUAAGCCGGAUAUAAGGUUUGGAUAUGAAUUGAAGAAUUGUACGGAAGUUUUAAACGCCAACAUUAAGUAUCGCUCACCGAAUAUGCACUCAUUUUGCUUGGUUUUUCCUGGACAAUUAAAUAUUUUUACGAAAUCGCAAAAAGAAAAGUUUGCAGAUCUCGCGAAAGGUUAUCGCGACGUGAAAUUUGUGCAAAAUAAAGUUGCGAAUAAGGAUGAAUGGAUUGAGAAAAUGUCGAAUUUAUUGAGUACUGAGGUUGCGACCACUUUUUAUAAUCGAUACUUUUUAGAUGAUGAAAGUGUUGUGUUUUUGGUGUAUGGACCAAAAAAGGCAGCGGUAUCAUUACUUGGAAAGAUUCGUUUGGAUUAUGUAAAUGCUUUGGAAGAAAAAGGUCACAAAAUUCGUAAACAAGGAAUGCAUAUGUUGUGGGUUUACGACUUUCCUCUUUUCGAAGAAGGUGAAACAGAAAAUAGUUUGAAUUGCGUUCAUCACCCCUUUACAGCGCCACAUCCAGAAGAUAUUGAUUUACUGCAAACUAAUCCAUUAGAAGUUAGGUCACUUGCAUAUGAUUUGGUAUUAAAUGGUAACGAAAUUGGUGGUGGAUCAAUUCGCAUCCAUAACUCACAACUCCAACAAGAUAUCUUUACCAUGCUAAAUAUCAACCCAGAUUCAUUAAAGCAUAUUAUUGAGAUGUUGGGAUCUGGGUGUCCACCUCAUGGUGGAAUCGCCCUCGGUUUGGAUCGAUUUUUAGCCACUAUUUUAAACGUAACCAGUAUUCGUGAUGUUAUUGCCUUUCCAAAGACUUUUGAGGGGCGCGAUCCUUUAUCGGGGGCUCCAUCUUCUAUCAGUGAUGAGGAUAAACGUAUUUAUCACAUUAAAAGUAUAGAUAAUUAAAAAAUAAUAAUUAGGAACCAAUUUAAUAAGUGCACUUUUAAAAUGUCAUUCGUACAAAUAUUGUGAGGAUUUUUUUAAGAUUAGACUCAAAAUAUAAACAAAUAAGAUUAUAAAAGAUGUGAAGUUUAUUUUUAAAAUUGGGAGGCUUUUGGCAGUUAUUUAACAGCAAAUUCGGAGUUGUCUGAUUGAAAAGCACAUGAAGUAAUAAUUAAAAGUAAUAAUUAUUCCUAACUACAAA